AAUACUCCCGCACCGGAACGUCAAUUCUAAAACGCCUCUUUUGCUCUCUCUCUCUCCAAAAUUCUGCUAAACUUCAAAUCUCCCUCUACUUCACUUCUUCCCAAGGUUUUCGCUAGGGUUUUAAUGGCUACUUCACAUCUCGACGAUGAUGAUGAUUUCGGGGGAGAUUUCGCCGGUAAUCGGCGCCCAGGUGGUAAGAGGAGCUUUGGAGAGAUUGACGAUGAUGAAGAUGAUAUUUUCGGGUCGAAAAAGGCAAACAGUAAACUGGAAGAGACGGCUCCUGGUGUAGCAACAGGAAUGAUAUUAUCCCUUCGCGAGAGUCUUCAGACGUGCAAGGACGAGCUCGCUAAGUAUGAAAUGGAGCUGGAAUCUGCGAAGUCUGAAAUUCAUAAAUGGCAUUCUUCAUUUCAGAACGAGUCUUUUAUACCCCCAGCCACAACUCCAGAACCUAAUUUGGUGGUUAACUAUAUCCGGACCUUAAAAUCCACAGACAAGUCACUAAAAGAGCAGCUAGAAAAAGCAAAGAAGAAAGAAGCUGCGUUUAUUGUGACAUUUGCCAAGCGAGAGCAAGAAGUAGCAGAGUUAAAGGCUGCGAUUCGGGAAUUGAGAGCUCAACUGAAGCCCCCAUCUUUGCAGACAAGGAGGUUAUUGUUAGAUCCUGCAAUACAUGAAGAGUUCACGCGCCUGAAGAAUCUUGUUGAAGAAAAGGAGAAAAAAGUGAAGGAAUUACAGGAUAACAUUAAUGCUGUUAAUUUCACACCAAAUAGUAAGAUGGGGAAGAUGCUGAUGGCAAAGUGCAAGACCUUGCAGGAGGAAAAUGAAGAGAUAGGCAAUCAAGCUUCUGAAGGAAAGAUGCAUGAAUUGUCGUUGAAACUUGCUCUGCAAAAGUCUCGGAACGCCGAGCUCAGGAAUCAGUUUGAAGGACUUUGUAAGAAUGUAGAGGUGCUGACAACUGAUGUUGAUAGAUCAAAUGAGAUGGUUGUCAUCUUACAAGAGAAGUUAGAAGAGCGGGAUUCUGAGAUAAAGAGAUUGAAGCUUGAGUUGCAGCAAAGAAACAUAACCGAGGAAAUGAACGAUUCAGCUCCAAUGGUUACAGAUGAACCACAGUCAACAACUGAAGCUGUGGAUGUACCACAAAUUAAGCUUGAGUGCAAUACUGAAGGCGAAUUUUGAAGAGUCAUUUGCUUUUUCUAUAUCAUGUGUCCCUUGUACAUUAUUAUCAUCUCUGGUUCUUGUAGACAUCACUAGAAAUUUGCUGAGAAAUAUUCUCUUUUGAAAUGAAAGUGAAGUCUGUUUAGCUCCACUUUGAUGUAUGUUGUAUAUUAACUAUUAAGCAUGUUUCUUUAUGGGAGAAGGAAAUUCCUUUCCCCCUAUAGGUAAUGUGUUUUAAAUUUACAAGUUUGAUGCUAAAA